GUGUGUGUAAGUGUGUGAGUGUAACUGUGUGUAACUGUGUGUAAGUGUGUGAGCUGAGAGACAGAGAGACAGUGGAUGCUUUAUGAAUCUCCAAGGACUACAGCAGCUCCUUACACACCUGCACAGGGUCUGGUGAGAUGAAGCCCUUUGAGGAACACACAAUGUUCCUCUACACACCCAUAGAGGGAUGUAGAUGAUGAUGAUGAUGAUGAUGAUGAUAGAGUCGAGUCACACUGGCAGCUUGCUGAGGGCUCCAUCAGCUCAGCUCUAAAAAAAAUCCCUGUGAAUGUGCUGUUGCUGCUGUUGAUGAUAAUGAUGAUGGUGAUGAUGGAGUUGUGAGGACUCAGAGUGCUUUGAAUGCUGCUGUUAUAGUUCUGUAUUAGAUUAGAGAUUGAAGCUCCAGCCAUCAUGGACUCUGCAUUCUCUCCAACGCUCUCAGAGCACUGCUGCUCCUACACUGUGCUGUCUCCCCCUGCUGGUCACUCUCUGAAACGCACUCACACACACUUCAACCCGGGGCGUCUCCGACACACCCUCCCACUGCUCAUCUACCCCGCCGCCCCUGAACCACGCCUUUUUGACUCCUCCUACCCCGGUGCCUCUGCGCCCCUGGUGCCGUAUCUCGGACCGUUCCAUGGCCGUUUCGGCGUGUACCAGUGUGCGCUUGAACCUGCCUUCAUUCAGAGGCGUAAUGAGAGAGAGCGUCAACGUGUCAAGUGUGUCAAUCAGGGCUACGCCAAACUGCGAGAACAUCUUCCAGGAGCCGCCACCACUGACAAGCGCAUGAGCAAAGUGGAGACGUUACGAGCGGCCAUCCGCUACAUUAAACAUCUGCAGAGGCUCGUAGAGCAACGUGAAGCUCCGGGGGAGAACCUUAACACUCAGCAAGAGGACAGUCCACAACAACUCUCCAUUAGGUCCUUCCCUGGACACCACUGUGGGAAAUCUAAGCAUUCUGCUGGAACCUGAGCAAAGACCAGCAGGAACACAUCUUCUCCUGUCAGACUCACUGAUACCCUACACACUACACCUUACAAACUUCAAACUACACUCUACAUACUAAACCCUACACACUACACGCUACAAACUUCACCUUUCAAACUAAACCCCAAAAACAACACCAUACAAACUACAUGUUACAAACUGCAUCCUACACCCUAUACACUACACCCUACACACUAAUCCCUACAUACUACAAACUACACCCUACAAAAUACAACCCACACACUAAACCCUACAAACUACACCUAACAAACUACACACUACACACUAAACAUUACAAACAACACUUUACAAACUACACCUUAGACACGAAACCAUACACACUACAACCUACAAACUACACACCACACCCUAAACACCACUAACUACACACUAAACCUGACAAACCACACCCUACAAACUACACCCUACCCACUAAACUUUACAAACUACAUCCUAUAAACUUCACACUACACACCACACUCACACACACACACACACCACUGCCAAACCCCACCAUGCUGCCACCUAAAAAGAGAAGUAACCAACAACAAUCUGCACAUACGAUAAUUUUAAAAAUAAAUGAGCAACAUCACAAAUAAAUUAGUAUUUCACACAUUCAAAUAACAUUUUACUUGAAAUUCACUUCCCUAAAAACUGACUUUAGUUUUCUUUGAUGUAAAGGCAUUAAUUACAUUUUCAGGGAAAAUCUGACCAGCAUGGUGGACAUUAUUGACAGCAAGGCCAUGGAGGUUCUCUCGUUACAUGGUGGACCUCAGGUAUGAUUUGAUUAGUUUUAGCUUUGAAAAGCUCCUCUCUGCUUCAGCUACAGUCGCUGGAAGACAUGUUCUAAUAGCAGUCCACAAAUUUGUAUAAAGAGAGCUCCAAUUCAUUAAUAAUUAUCAGUAGCUUAAGCAAGGUCAAGGUAUUUGGUGGCAAGCCAGGCAAGUUCUUCAGUUCCAGUGCAAACGUUCUACUUGCUAGUUAACUACAAUCCAAUUAGACUUGUUAUGCUGUAAUUGUUUUGCUGCAUGCUACACAGAUUACAAUAAACUACUUAUUAUGCCCUGUGUGUAAUAGAAUAGAAGACAUAGCAUGUGAUAUACUGUUAUUAGCCUGUUUCAUUCAGUGCAUGACCCUUUACGAGCCUCAAUGACAGAUGAGUAAAAGACUCACUUAUUUUUGGACGUUUCUCCCCUACUUUUUUCCUCUUGGUUCUGAAUUGGACUCAUGAAGGUUUUUGGUAUCCAUAAUUUUAAUUUGGAUCCAGUUCUCCUUGCUGACUUGACAUAACUCCAGGUACAUUGAAAACUCUGAAGACUGAGGAGACUGAAGACGCUGAAGACUGAUGUAUGAGUGAGGGUACUUCUCAGAGUGGUGGGCACACACUCCAAGUCCUGACCAGGUUCACAGGUGGAUUUUAUAAUUGCCAUGUAAGAUUUGACGGCAAGAUGCUGUCCUGGGUGACUGCCCAUAUCACCUUUAUCUAAAUCUGCCACCACACACACACACACACACACACACUCACACACAGGUCAUGUACAGGAUGUGAGUUGAUCGUGAGACUCUGGUAGAGAAAUGGAGUGUUCUAUCUGUAACAAA